UUGUCGCAGAAGAACAAAGAAAGCAAUGGCUCCCAAUAAAAUCAUCAUCGACACGGAUCCGGGCGUCGACGAUGUGCUCGCCAUGCUGCUGGCCUUUUCGGCUAAAAAAGAGGAGCUCGACAUUUUAAUGUUGUCGUUGACGUUUGGAAAUGUCGAGGUGAAGAAUUGUCUACGGAACGUAGUCACGCUUUUCCAUUACAUUGGUAAAGAGCGUGCUUGGCGAAAGGCAAAUGGACGACCACAAGGGUUUGAGACGUUGGAUGCGAGGAAACCCAUUGUUGCUGUUGGGGCCGAGGAGCCGCUGGCCGAGCAUAUGAUGGUUGCGGAUUUCUUUCAUGGAAUUGACGGACUUGGGGGCAUUCAUCUUAGUCACCCACAUCUCUCGCCAGCAGAGACCUGGAAAACACUGUUCAAGCCUACGCCCGAGGAUCUUUCACCCGAGGAAGCGGCAGAGCUGCAAAAAGUCAAGGAUGAACAUUGUCUUUUUACACCGUCGCUCAAACCAGCGCAUGAAGUCAUGCUUGACUUGCUGAGGGAAAAUGAACCAGACACUAUUACGAUUGUGGCGGUUGGACCACUGACGAACCUUGCGAUUGCUGCAGCGCAGGAUCCAGAGACGUUUCUCAGGGUAAAGGAAGUCGUCGUCAUGGGUGGUGCGGUUGACGCACCUGGAAAUAUGACUCCUGGCGCCGAAUUCAACACGUACGCCGACUCGGUGGCCAGCGCCCGUGUCUUUGCACUCACAUCGCAGAACCCACAUCUAACCAUGCCACCCACACUCUCAAGCGCCCAGAAACAAGCACGCCUCGCGCCUUACCCCGCCAAACUAAGCAAACGACUAACCCUCAAGCUGUUCCCCCUGGACAUUACCGAAAACCACGUCCUCCCCACGUCCAUGUACGAAAGCUACACGGCACGCGCGGAGCUGAGCAGCAGCCCCCUGGCCGAAUGGACGCAUCUCUUCCUGUCGUCGACAUUUGCCAAGAAUGCUGCGCUCAACCCGCAAAUCGUACCCGAGAAGCAGGGGCUCCAGCUGCAUGAUCCGCUGACAAUCUGGUACGCGCUUUGUGCAGACCACCCGGCGUGGGUGUUCAAAACAGAGGAUGUACGCGUGGAAACGAGUGGCCAGUGGACGCGCGGCUGCACCAUUGUGGAUCGCCGCGGACGACCGAUUACAGAGGGCCAGUCGGAUUUGAGUGAGGACGUGGUGGGGGAUGCGGGGGGAUGGGGGGAUACGCGCCGGGGAAAUAGAGUCGCGUGGUGCAAGGGGAGUCCGGGGGAGGAUAAGUUUGCACGAGUGCUUUUGGCGAGGGUAUGGGGGGAUGGAGAGGAGUGAGACGAGUUACUUGGGGGAUAUAGAAUACAAUGAGAAGGGGUAUAUACUGGGAAUGUUUACUACGUCUGGGACUGAUCAGUCAC